GCCCCGCCCCCAGAUGAAGCCCUCAGUAAAAAGGCAGACAGAUAGUAGUAAACUGUUAGAAACUUUGAGCGAGUGCGGUUGUUUGAACACAAAGUGAUAAAAUAUCCCGUCGACAUCGUCCUCUGUGAUUUUUUAUUUACUACAUCAAAAAUAACUGCGUGAAUGUGCAGCCGAAAUAACGACUUUGAUAUCCGCAUCCACCGCUGCGACCUCAACUUCAACCAAGUUUACUUGGGCAUUUUCUGAAGACUCUGCAUGCUGGAGCCUGAACGUGGCUUUCUGCAGACCCAUUCUCAAGAAGGGAAACCUUUGUGAGACGCUGGAGAACGGCCAGGUCAUCCACUUUUAUCAUACUGGAAUCUGCAGAAUAAUAAAAUGGCUACAAGGUCCCAUAUUCCCUUGAUGCUUCUUGCAAUAUGUUGCCUGGCAUCUGGAGGACCGCUGUUUCGCAGCCCAUGUGAGCUGCUGCCAGUGGGGACGGGACACCCAGUGCAAGCCAUGCUGAAGAGCUUCACUAUCCUGUCAGGGUGUGCAAGCAGGGGCACCACCGGCUUGCCUGAGGAGGUCCACAUCAUCAACCUGAGAGGACAUGCUCAUGAGGGACCAGACAACUCUUCAGCAAAAGUUGACUUACAUCUGAAGCCCAUCCAGUCUAUGCUGCACCACCAGAAGCCCCUGGUCUUCGUGCUCAGCUCCCUCCAACCAUUGAUCUGGAAUGUCAAAACAGAGAACCUGGCUCUGCGCAUCCAACAUACCUUUUAUGUAUCUUUGGGCUCACAGGUCAGGUUUAAGCCGGAAAACUUCUCCCUAUUCACCCGCAUACAGCAAGAGACCUUUCCCCACGGCAAUGAGCAACUCCUCAACUGGGCCCAGAAGAAGUACAGGGCAGUCACCUCUUUCUCUGAGCUCAAGAUGACUCAAGACAUCUACAUCAAAGUCGGAGAAGAUCCACUGUCUUCUGACACCUGCAAGAUUGAUUCCAAGUUCCUGUCUUUGAACUACCUGGGCAGCUACAAGGAGCCCCAGACAUCAAAAGGCUGCGUCCUCUCUGUGCCCCACAAAGACAAAGAAGUCCACAUCAUUGAGCUCCAAGCCCCAAACGCCAGCAGUGCUUUCCAGGUAGAUGUCAUAGUUGAUCUGCGGCCACUGAAGGAAGGUACCUGGGUACAUCGUGACGUUGUCUUGCUGCUCAAAUGCGCUAAAUCUGUGAACUGGGUCGUCAAAGUCCACAAUGUAACGGGCAAUGUGCAUGUUGUGGCCUCUGAUACAGUGACUGUUGGCUCACAGGCACCUGUGUCCAAAACCCCCAAGCAGUACUUGCCAUCAGGGCCACAAGCCUUAAUCCAGUGGGCAAGCGAUAUUGGCCACAGUCCAGUCACAUCUUACACCAGCACUCCUGUGGCAAACCACUUCAAUAUCCGACUUAGAGAGCCAGAUGUUGUGGAGUCUCUGGAGAGCAAAUUACCUCCCGAACUCGCCAUCCUGCGUGAUUCUAGUCCUCUUCCUGACGCUGGAACUCCACUGCGACGAUCCGGUCUGCCGUUUCCAUUCCUUACAACUGGGGGCAUGCCUCCGCUGGAACACCUGCCCUACGAGCCCGAUGAGCCCGAAAUCGUUUUGAAUGUUGACCUAAGUGUGCAGUGCAAAAACGAAAGGAUGGUGGUCAGCAUUGACAAACAGAGUCUGCAGGCAAGUGGGUUUACAAAUGCCAGCCUCACACUUCAAGACCCACAAUGCAAAGCAACAGUCAAUGCCACCCACUACACCCUGGAAACUCCUUUGACUGGCUGUCAGACCGCCAGAUUUACCUUAGAGGAUAGCACGCUCUACAUCAAUUCUGUCACUGUAAGACAUGCUGAGACUAAAGAUGGGAAUAGCGACCAGAGAGGGCCCGAGAGAAUGCUUCCUGUGAAAACGCUCGAUCCACCCAGCAUAUUGUUCAACUGCACAUACACAAGAAAAACUAAGAAUCAGGAAACCUCAGCUCCCAGGAUUGUACAGGAACCACCAAGGCAACCGGUCAACAACAUGACGUUUAACAUGGAGCUGUACGACUCGCUGCCUAUCAACAACCCCGUACGCCAGAAUUUCUUCACCGUUUCACAAAAUCAGAAAGUGUUUGUGGAGAUCACAUCAACUGCAUCAGAUCCAGAACUGGGGUUCACCAUCAUAUCGUGCUUCAUUUCUCAUGACUCCAAUCCCAGCAUGUCAUCAGGGUACACGCUCAUUGAGACAGUUUGUCCCACAGAUGCCUCCGUCACAUACUAUCCUCAAUUCCCUGUCCAUCCUACAAAGAUGGAUAAGAAAACCUUCAGCUUCAUCUUCGACUCAACUUUCAAAGUGUCCCUGCUUUUCCUGCACUGUGAGAUGUCUCUGUGCUCGAAGUCUUCUCAGAGGAAUCUAAAUUUACCACAGUGUUUAUCACCCAUGGAAAACUGUGAUUCUCUCUCUCUGGACAAUAUCAUGGCGAUGAUGAUGAACAAAAAGGUCUCAACUCAACGGCUGGUUGUGGUGGAUGAUUUUAGCCACAUAACAGAUCCUACAUCAAAAUUAGAAGAGCCACGUAAGACCUCUCCUGAUGAUCCUACAUCAAAAUUAUCAGAAGAGCCACGUAAGACCUCUCCUGAUGUAGUGUAUGUACUGGACACUCCUGUGGUGGUGGGCAUCGCCUUUGCAGCCUUUGUCAUCGGGGCUCUCUUGACCGCAGCUCUGUGGUUUAUCUACGCGCACACAGGUGAGACAGCUGGCACACAGCCGGUCCAGAAGUCCCAGCCUGCCUCGGAGAACAGCAGUACAGGCCACAGUAUCGGCAGCAUGCAAAGCACACCAUGUUCCAGCAGCAGCACUGCGUAGCCCAGGACGCCACCCAGCAGGAUGCACUGCCAGGAAGUUCUGACGGUUCACAGGGACCGGUUUGUUAUCUCCUUCCAUGAAAGGAAUUAUUUUUGGGGACGUGACAGGACAGAAAAAAAAGCAUGAUUACAAAAAAAAAGAAAAAAUAACACCUUAAAUCCUUGUGCGAAAUUGGUGCCACUUUAAGUCUGUGCAGACAAAUGAACUGUCUUGGUUAUGUUGAUGUGUGUUAGUUCUGAGACACAGCUUGGCAGCCUCAUCCGAGAAACAGAUGCAAGUUUAUUCCAGACAUUUCUUUCGAAUCCAAAUGCUGCUUUUUUCUGACCACAACACAGCCUUUUGUUUUGACCUUAAAUGGUUUGAUUGGGGCUGGUUGUGCUAAGCAGGUGUGCUCAGAGAGCAAGCCAACACAAUAAGGCUGGAGUGACGUCAGUAUUAGUAAGUGAGAUGUUGAUGGCUGGGCCGGAGCACGUUGUUUUAUGACAGUGGAACCUAGAAAGUGGCAAGGAAGCAAAUAAACCACUAUUUUCAUGCGGACAAGUGUGCAGUAUGAACAAGUCAUCAUCUUGACACAUAGAUUAUGGCUUUAAAAAGGCAGUCUGGGUAUGAAUGUAUUCAAAAGGGUAAAUGCCAAAAAAAUGUGAAUGAAAAAUGUGAAAGACGUGCUGAGAAAAUUCCACGUUUUCAAAUCGUUUGUACUUUAUGAUGGAUUCAGCCACACAGGCCGGUAAAGUAUAUUGAUCUAAUAGUAUGUUUUAGUAACUCUUGGUGUAAGAAAAGAUUUGAGUUUUAGUUUCACUCAACUUCACAGGGGCAUUAUGGGUUCCCUUUUACUAGCUGUUGUUAAUGGAAGACUUCAGCAUUAAGAGAAAUAUUUGCUUAUUAUUAUUUGAGAUGAUUGACACUUUUAUGUCUGUGUGUGGAUUAUAGAGCUCUGUUCAGUUGAUGAGUGGCCUAGCUUAGCAUACCUGGUGGAAAUGAGUAGUUCAGGGGAGUGGUAGUCAUUUCUAGCAAGAGUAGUUCUGGGUAAUAGGCCUAAAACACUCAGUAUGUUUAAGUCAUGGUGAAUAUAAAAUACAGUACAAAAUAUUAGGAAUCAAUAUUUAUUUGUGACUGCAAGACUAUAAUUAUAACAUGAAUAAUAACUAAAUUAUACAGUGGGCAGGCGUUGUUUUGAAACCUGUUGCAGGGAGUGUUUGACUCUGUUAUGUGUGAGAACUUUUUAAUGCUAAAGUUACAAAAAAUGACCAUAAAUUGAUUUAUGUGAUUUAUUUUUUCUCUUUUAUGAAAAUUUUAUGAAAUAUUAUUGAACAUUUUACAUUUUAUGUAAAAAAUGUUGCCCAGGCUCAAUUAUAGGACUGAACUAUCCCUUAGGUUUGUGGAUUAGUGAGCAUUAAAUACUCUGUCUAAAAGUUUGGAAAUGGGCCCACCAAACUAAAGCUUUGGACACCGUGAUGCUAGCAGUUAGCUAUUUCUUAUGCUAAACCUAGCUUAUCACCAACUUUCGUGUAAAGCAAAGAUUUUUUUAAAAAAAAGACAUGCUACUUUAGAUCUUGUCUUUUUAUAAAAAAAAACAAAUCAGAAAUGUUAAAAUGAAUUUGGAACAUUUUGGCCUUUUUGUGCUGCAUAUUACUGAUUCUUCAUGCCACCAGUUUGUAUGCUAAGCUACGCUAGUCCUCCACUUCCUCCAGCACUAUAUUCAGUACUGAUCCAACUCAAGUUAAACAAGUGAAUAAGGGUAUUUCUCGAAGCGUUGAUUUGCUCGUUCAAGGCCUGUAUAUUUUUGUAUAUUACUGUAAUUACUCGUGUGUGCAAAGUAGUUUUCUUCUUCUUUUGAGUUUCGCUGGACCAUCAGCGUGAGCUUCAUUAAUCAGAUUUUAUAAUAAUAGAAACUACGUUAACAGUUUUGACAGUCAUGGUUUGAUAUGUUAAUCAUGGUUUGGAUCCCACAGUUUUAAUUAUUAGAUAAUUAUUAAAUAAUCAAUUGCCCGUCAGACCAACAACCCCAAAACCAAAGUUAUAAAGUGAACGCAGAACAUUUUUACAUUUGAAAGGCUGCAAAAUAAAGAUUUGGUUUGUUCUCGUGAUAACACGAGGAUUAACUUUGUCAGUUGGCUGAUGAAUCAUUGAGCUCCUUAUCAGAGAGAUUUUUGUUGUCAUUUUUAAGAGAUCAAACAUAGAGCGUUUGGUUUUCCUUUUCGCAGAUGUUUUUCUAUGAAUCUCGGCACUGACUGUGUGUUGAAUAAGCUGCAGCUAAAGCUGAUUUUCACCAACGUAUAGUUUCCUGCCUUCUUCAAACUGCAGCACCACAAUUACCCCACCGUUGAUGAAUGAUUGCUGUAUGUGUGUGGGAGACAAACUGGGCCCUUUCCCUGCUAUCAUUUAACUUUGUAAGCAGUAACCAGAAUGUGUAUCAUCUUAAAGCUUUUCAUUUUUUUCUCUCCUCAUGUAAACAUGUAUAAAGCUUUCUACAGAGAGUAUAAAUAUAUAUAUUUGUGUAUAAAAUUAUAUUUUGGAAUAUAUUAACUAAAAGAAAUUUAUUAUCUUCUAUGUGUGUACGUACUGUGAAUUGUGGAUUUGCUCAUACAUAACACACAUUUGUGGGAGGAUUUAUUUACACUAUUUGUUUAAACGUUAUACCAUGCUUUAGGACACUUUAAUGAAAAUGAAAUAAUAGUAUUUAUAGUCAGAAAGGGACUAAUAUUUUUGGAAAAAAAAUGUAAAAAAUAUAUCAUGAUUAUUUUCUUAAUUCUUUCUGUUAUUCGAUGGGAUGAUGUGUCUUAUUGACUUCAUAAUGAAUACUACAAAAAGAGAUUGUUAUUAUUAUCAUAUGUAAACAAAUCUGGAAUACAAAUCUUUUGUUUAAGCAUGAUUUUAUUUUGUCAGAUACUGUUUGGGUUUCAAUUUUCCAUGUGCCGCUUCUCGCUGUUUUAUAUAAAUUGCGUCAGAUAUGAAGUAAAGAAAUCAGAUGUUGUACAUCUUAAGUAUAAAGUUUAUUUCACUAAAGAUAAGCUGUAGCUAUAGAUGUAAAAACAUAUAUAUUUUUCCACAUGAAAUCAGUAAAGGAGUCCUCCCCAUUGUCAUAUAAAAUAACCCAGAUACCCAACUUGUUUUGGUUCUUUGGUUGUCACAACAGUGACAUAUACCUUCUUUUAAGAUAAUGAAAAAAAUAUGAAAUCAUGCCUAAAAGUUAAACCAGAUUUGGCGACUAAUAAAGUGAACUAUAUAAUAAGUUUCUUUAUUAUAAGAACAGUGGAAAAAAAAUCAACCUUCAGUUAUUUUGAUAGUGGAAACUCAACUGCUUUCAAUAACACUCGAGAAAUAUUUUUUAUUAAGCUGUAUUAGAAACACUCGGUUUGGAGCAAACUUCACAGCUUGUUUGUUUUAUCGGGCUUUCUGCCAUGUGUGUCCACAGCCAAAAUCCAGCUAAAAGCUUUAUUUGGUAAAGCUAAGUUAUGCAUAUAUGCAGCAGUCCUUUUGCAGAGCACUGUUGCUGUUAGCAAUUAGCAUAACUGUAAAAAAACAAUAUCCCACUGCAGGGUACAGUGAUCAUCCUCAGUGAAAGAUCCAUGCGCUGCAGAGUUGAAAUGUGCCGCAGCCUAUAAUCAGCAGCCGUAGCGGGAUUAACGCUUUUGGCAUUCCUGUACUUUUGUGGUUUCUCUUAUCGAGUGUGGCGAAGCCAUUUUAAACAUAUAAUUAUCCCCCUCACCCCCCACCCGCCCUCAUCCACUCAUGCUGUUAAGCGCCCGAGCCUCGAGUUAUGUUCUGGAUCUAAUCUUCUCAUUUGAGAUAAUUUGGGGAUAUUUUUCACUCAAACUAACAAUUCAGUACAAUUUGUGAGAGUCACUUUUCAAAUACCAACAUUCCUCCCUGAGUUUUGCCCCAGUGCAUGCUGGGAAAAGCUUCAAAACUUUCCCCCCUCAUGAACAGGUAUGGAUAAUGUCGGGUUUUUAAUAAAUAUGAAAUAAUGCUGUGCCACACCAAACGUGUUACUGUAGCAGUAAAAGAUGUGGCUUCGCUGAGAGACAGUAAAUGCUGAAUUCAGAACAGCUGAAAAUUGGAGCAUAAAUCCAUAGAUUAGUUAUGGA